AUGGCUACCAUCAGUCGCCAGCCGUUUGCUCCUGUCGACGGGGCACGGUUGAAGAGCCUUGCCAGUGUCAAGAACAGGCAAAAUGCCCUUGCCUCCUCGCCCAUCAAGCGAAAAGCUUCCGAGGUCGACGAUGUCGACAACUCCGAGAACAUUGCCCCCAUGCUCUUCUCGAAACGGUCCAAAGGCACCGAUCUCUGGACUGACCUGGCCAAGAGCUUCACCAAGCCUUCUGCUUUCUCCCUCGUCAAGGCUACUCCCGUCUCUCCGGUAGCGAAGGAUUUCUACAGCAACACCCCAUCCAGCAGACUCACCGCUGCUCCCGUCGCACGAAAUAUCCUUCAGCCCAAAUCUCCGGCCGCUCGUCUCAAGGCAAAGGCCCCGGCCCCGACGCCGUCGCCCCUAACAGCCCCGGCGGGCCGCUCACCGACUCGCGCCUCCAAACGCAUGGGUAUCCUCUCGCGGCGCCGCACCCAGCGUAACGAACCCCCACUGUUCCCGGCGGGCACUGGUGUCCCGUUCUCUCUCGACGCUGCUCUCAAGGGGACCAUCCCCAGCUAUUCGGGCAACCUCCGUGCCAGCAAGAACAAGACCAGAAGCCGCGCCACUACGUCGAUUAGCAACGGCAGCCAUGCCCCUCUCGAUUUCUUCAUCCCCACUCCAGACAUGACCUCCUCGUUGUGCUUCGAUAUCCACGAGGACACUCCCGAGCAAGAAAUGACCAACCUUCUUCAGCACGGAACUUGCACUCUCGAUAUUAGCAGCGACGAAGAGUCUGAAAGCCGCGCUAAGCGUGAACGCGCUGAGGGCCGGGAUAAGGAGAACAUCCCCCCGCCGGAGGACGUCAGCCAGACAUCAUCGGCACGCGGUUCUUCUUCUACCGUCGCCGAUAUCGAUGAGGAUGUGCUUUUGUUAAAAGGCCGUGGCCCGCUGGCUGAGAUGAACGUUACCGACUUCUACGCCGAAGGCUGCGACAGCACGAGCGUGUUCAUCGUGCCGGGUGACGAGGAGGACCCCGAGGCCGUGGUGGAGGGCGAAGGCAGCACAGCCGAACCGACCUCGGUGCAAGAUUUGCCGCCUCUUCCCGCUGACGGGGACGAGGAGGAGCAAUGGUUUGCUGAAGAGGGGAUGACCGGGAUGCCGCUGCCGCCACCGCCACAGCCGCAGGCCAGCCUCGAGGAUGUCGACGACGUUGAUGUGGACGACAUCAUGGCCAGCGGCCAGCAGUCACUAGAGGCUAGUUUGGGGCCUAUUGAAAGUACUGCCGAGAGCUUCGAGCUGUGGGAGAGCCAUAGUGCCAAGGACCAGGGGAGCACGCCGGCAUCCCCUACGCCAAUGGCCGAGGAAACGUUGUGA